CAAAAAAAAACAAAACAAAAAACUUUUAAUUUCCUCUUUUUUCUUUGUAGGAUCAAUCAUAUAGCUUGUAAAGGUUCCUGGAGCUUCUGUGAAGGACCUAUUUUAUUUGGCUCAGGACAGAGCCCUUAAAUCCUCUGUGUGGAUGAUAUACAUAUAGAUGUUUUCAUGAAGAGGAGUGAAAAGCCAGAAGGUUAUAGACAGAUGAGGCCUAAGACCUUUCCUGCCAGUAACUACACUGGCAGCAGCCGGCAAAUGUUGCAAGAAAUUCGGGAAUCCCUUAGAAAUUUAUCCAAGCCAUCAGAUGCGGCUAAGGCUGAGCAUAGUGUGAAUAAAAUGCUAACUGAAGACCCUCGACAAGUCAGGAAUCCGCCUAAAUUUGGGAUGCACCAUAAAGCCUUGCUAGAAAUUCGGAACUCUCUAUUGCCAUUUGCAAAUGAAACAAGUUUGUCCUCCCGGUGUCCUUCCGAAGUCAACCCACAGAUGCUUCAAGACUUACAAGCUGCUGGAUUUGAUGAGGAUAUGGUUAUACAAGCUCUUCAAAAAACUAAUAACAGAAGUAUAGAUGCUGCGAUUGAAUUCAUUAGUAAAAUGAGUUACCAUGAUCCUCGAUGGGAACAGACGGCUGCAGCAGCUGCCAGGCCUAUAAACACCAGCUUAAAACCAGGGAAUGUACAACAACCAGUUAACCGCAAACAAAGCUGGAAAGGCUCGAAGGAAUCCUUGGUUCCUCAGAGGCAUGGUCCGCCACUUGGAGAAAACAUGGCCUAUCACUCUGAAAGUCCCAGCGCACAGCCAGACGUGGGUAGACCUUUGUCAGGGUCUGGGAUAGCAGCAUUUGCUCACCCCAGCAACGGUCAGAGAGUGAACCCCCCGCCGCCGCCUCAAGUGAGGAGUGUUACUCCUCCGCCACCCCCCAGAGGCCAGACCCCUCCUCGGGGCACCACCCCACCACCCCCUGCCUGGGAACCCAACGCUCAGAACCAAGCGCUAUCAGGGAACAUGGACUAUGUGAUCCCACGAAUCUCUCCUGUCCCGCCGGGAGCCUGGCAGGAGGGCUACCCUCCACCACCGCUGAGCACGGCCCCCUUGAACCCCAGCCAGGGACAGAGAGGCAUCAAUUCUGUUCCGGUGGGCAGGCAGCCCUCAUCAUGCCAGAGCUCCACCAAGUUCAGCUUCCCGCCUGGCAGAGCUGGCAUUCCGAAUGGAGGCGGGCAGACCGACUUCAUGAUUCACCAAAAUGUAGUCCCUGCUGGCCCAGUUAGUUGGCAGCCACCCCCACCGUACCCCCUGGCCCCAGGUAAUGGGCAGAACCCUGCUGCUUUGCCAUCGGGGCCAGCUACGGCUCCUUCCUAUACAAAUGGAAACAUUCCUCAGUCCAUGAUGGUGCCAAACAGAAAUAGUCACAACAUGGAACUGUAUAACAUCAAUGUCCCUGGACUGCCAACAACGUGGCCUCAGUCGUCAUCUGCUCCAGCCCAGUCAUCCCCGUGCAGCGGGCACGAAAUUCCUACCUGGCAGCCGCCGAAUAUACCAGUGAGGUCGAAUUCUUUCAACAAUCCUUUAGGAAACAGAGCGAGUCACUCAGCUAACUCUCAGCCUUCUGCUACGACGGUCACUGCCAUUACUCCAGCUCCGAUUCAGCGCCCGUGAAAACAUCCCGCGUGCUGAACCCGAGAGCUGCAGACUGCGCUGGCGCCCACCCACCCCUCAUGGCUACCACAGCCCCUUCAGACUGUUCAGGUCCAUUCCUUUCUCGGAGGCCGACUUCCAGUGGUGACGGUGCUGCCACCUGUUGCUGAUGCCCCCAGCUAUCAGGGUCCACCCCCACCGUACCCCAAGCAUCUGCUGCAUCCAAACUCGUCUUUUCCACCGUAUGACUCUCGCGGGAAACCGAACAAAGAGGACCAGCCGAGCUUGCCCAAGGAAGAGGAGGGUGAAAAAAGUUAUGAAAAUGUAGAGAGUGGGGAUAAAGAGAAGAAGCAGAUUACAACUUCACCCAUCACAGUUAGGAAAAACAAGAAGGAUGAAGAGCGAAGGGAAUCUCGCAUUCAGAGUUACUCUCCUCAGGCAUUUAAAUUCUUUAUGGAACAACACGUGGAAAAUGUGCUCAAAUCCCACCAGCAGCGUCUCCAUCGCAAAAAGCAGUUAGAAAAUGAAAUGAUGCGGGUUGGAUUAUCUCAAGAUGCCCAGGAUCAAAUGAGAAAGAUGCUUUGCCAAAAAGAAUCUAAUUACAUCCGUCUUAAGAGAGCUAAAAUGGACAAGUCUAUGUUUGUGAAAAUCAAGACAUUAGGAAUAGGUGCUUUUGGAGAAGUAUGUCUAGCAAGGAAAGUAGACACUAAGGCUUUGUAUGCCACAAAAACGCUUCGAAAGAAAGAUGUUCUGCUUCGAAAUCAAGUUGCUCAUGUUAAAGCUGAGAGAGAUAUCCUGGCAGAAGCUGACAACGAAUGGGUAGUCCGUUUAUAUUAUUCAUUUCAAGAUAAGGACAACUUAUAUUUUGUAAUGGAUUACAUUCCUGGGGGUGAUAUGAUGAGCCUGUUGAUUAGAAUGGGAAUCUUUCCAGAAAACCUGGCACGAUUCUACAUAGCAGAGCUUACCUGUGCAGUCGAAAGUGUUCAUAAAAUGGGUUUUAUCCAUAGAGAUAUUAAACCUGAUAACAUUUUGAUUGAUCGUGAUGGUCACAUUAAAUUGACUGACUUUGGCCUCUGCACUGGCUUCCGAUGGACACAUGAUUCUAAGUAUUAUCAGAGUGGUGACCAUCCCCGGCAAGACAGCAUGGAUUUCAGUAGUGAGUGGGGGGACCCGUCCAACUGCCGCUGUGGAGACAGGUUGAAGCCUCUGGAGAGGAGAGCUGCACGCCAGCAUCAGCGAUGUUUAGCACAUUCUUUGGUCGGAACCCCCAAUUACAUUGCCCCGGAAGUGUUGUUACGGACAGGUUAUACCCAGUUAUGUGAUUGGUGGAGUGUUGGUGUGAUUCUUUUUGAAAUGUUGGUGGGACAGCCUCCUUUCUUGGCACAAACACCGUUAGAAACACAAAUGAAGGUUAUCAACUGGCAAACAUCUCUUCACAUCCCCGCACAAGCUAACCUGAGUCCUGAAGCCUCUGAUCUGAUUAUUAAGCUUUGCCGAGGACCAGAGGACCGCCUAGGCAAGAAUGGUGCUGAUGAAAUCAAAGCUCACCCGUUUUUUAAGACCAUUGAUUUCUCCAGUGACCUGAGACAGCAGUCUGCUUCCUACAUUCCUAAAAUCACACACCCUACAGAUACUUCUAAUUUUGAUCCUGUCGAUCCAGAUAAGUUAUGGAGUGAUGAAAAUGAGGAAGAAAACGUAAAUGACACUCUAAAUGGAUGGUAUAAAAAUGGAAAGCACCCCGAACAUGCUUUCUAUGAAUUUACCUUUCGAAGGUUCUUUGAUGACAAUGGCUACCCCUAUAACUACCCAAAGCCUAUCGAAUAUGAAUAUAUUAAUUCACAAGGUGCCGAACAACACUCAGAUGAAGACGACCAGCACCCAGGCUCAGAGAUCAAGAAUCGCGACCUGGUUUAUGUUUAACACUAGAAAAUCAUUGUAGUAAGAAGUUGCAAAAGGUCUGUGACCCAGGGUUUUUUGAGGCUCUGAGACAAAAAAAAAAUAUGCAAGUGUGACAGAGCUAGGUAGAUAAGCUCUGUGUACAUUAUUUAAUAUUCCUAAAUUAUGGGAAAUUCUU